AUGCCCGGCACAUCAAUUGGAGAACAGAAACUCCCAUGGAACUCUGGGUCUGAUCCGCCCUCCCGUCAAUCCUCCGUCGGCCCCAGCGAGGUUAUAGACCACACCAAGGAGGAUUUCAACAGAGAUGAGACUGCCCGGGCAACCGGGUAUAUGGGCAGAAGCUCCGUGAUUGCUUGGCUACAAACGUUGACUAAAGAAGUCAACCAGGAAUGUGAAUCCUGGCCUCCCAAUUCCUCUGAUACGGGCGAGGAUAAUGGCGUGCCAUCUCCAUCCUUGACCCCUCGACCUGACGGCCAAAGCCACCCGUUAGUUGCCUCGUCAAACUUCUACCUCGAUGAUCUGGAUCUCCCAGCGAUUGAGCCGCUCGAUGCAAGUGAUGUUCCUUCAAGAGACACUGCAACUAAACUUCUCAAUGCAUAUUUACAUUCAGUGCAUCCUUCUUUUCCGAUCAUCGGCAUCUCGACAUUCCUAUCACAGUUCCAAGUAUUCUUCAACCAGCCCCCAGUAAAGCCAGGGAAGAAAUGGCUGGCGAUUCUGAAUCUCAUAUUCGCCAUUGGUGCAAAAUAUGCCCACAUUACCAAUGUGGAGUGGAAAUGUGGCGAGGAUGACGAUCUCAUAUACUUCUCGAAAGCGAGGAGUUUGAGCUUAGAGGACAAGCUCCUUCAUCAUCCUGAUCUCCAACAGCUGCAAGUUGAAGGACUGGCAUCUUUAUAUUUACUGGCCUCUGGCCACAUCAAUCGAGCAUGGAAACUGUCGGGGAGUGCGAUGCGUGGGGCCUUUGCUUUAGGGCUGCAUCUACGCAAUGUAGGAGUCUGUACAUCAGAUACUUCCAAGGAGAUCAGAUAUCGUGUUUGGUGGUCUUUGUACACGCUCGAUCAUCUGCUCAGUGCGAUGACGGGACGGCCGUCGUGUAUCGUGGAUAACUCAUGUACCACUCCCUUACCGGUGCCGUUCGAUGAGAGUGAUUUUCAGAGAGAAGAGGUGGUGCGCAUGAUAGGUGAUACAACAAGAGGCAAUUCGGGCCAGCUGGACCGGAUCCCCCCAGUCUGUCCAAGUGCAUCCGACCUGAGCACUACCUUGGAUCCUGAAACAACCGACGGAACGGCCAACACAAAAACUCCAGGAAGUAGCAUGGUUGAAUACCUGAAGAACCUCAGCCCGUGCAUGUCAUUAUAUUUCCUUCAGCUCUCCACGCUUACUUCAAUCAACAAGAGGAUGACUGCCAAGCUAUAUGGUCCCGAGGCGAUGCAUUCUCCUUGGCCAAGCAAAGAAUUCACGAUCCAGAGCCUGAUGCUUGAAAUCGAUUCGUGGUUUAUGAACCUGCCUAGCGCUUACGAUUUCACAUCGACUCAAAUGUCACAGUGUCCUACAAGCCAAAGGAUGAGCCUUGCUCUUCUGUUCUAUAGCACAAAGAUUGGUAUCACGAGGCCAUGCCUCUGCCGCCUGGACUCAACCCGUUCGCAAGGGGAAAAGACAUUUGAUUUCUGUACCAAGACCGCCGCUGAGUGUGUCGAGUCGGCUUGUCACAUGCUGACACUGCUACCUGAAAGCCCAGACGCUACUUUACUUUACAAAGUGUCACCAUGGUGGUGCAUUCUACACUAUCUGAUGCAAGCGGCUACUGUCCUGCUUCUCGAGCUUACUUUUCGUGCUCAACAUGUCCCUGACAAAGCGUCAAUAGUCUCCAAAGCGGCCAAGAAAGCCCUGGAAUGGCUGUCAGCUAUGUCAACUUUUGAUGUGGCCUCGGAAAGAGCCUGGCGACUUUGCGAUGGGUUCCUCAGGCGCCUUGCACCGCAUGUCGGUGUUGAUAUUGAAGAUUUUCCCACCGCAGGUGAUACUGCUGGCGACGCUACACCCGAUGCUCAGUUUGAUGACCCGGAAGAUACAGCCGCGUGUAGAACAAGUGCUGACAAUCUAACUACCGAGCUAGAUGCCAUUGUAUGCUCACCAAUGAAUGAAUCAAACUCCCCUCUGCAUGGGCCGAUCCCAUUCGAAUUAGACUCAUCGGAUCCAUUCGACUUCCUGAAAACUGAUAAAUCGGUAUCAGGUCGCAAUACGUUCGAUGACCUUUUCCCGUACGAUGCAGAUACGGGUCAGAUCACAGGAUCUUUCUUCCCUCCUGGCAACAACAUCGACUUUGACUUGGGAUGCUUUUGCGGGGACCCGAUAUUUUGGGAAGAGUAG